AUGGUUGAACCCCCACCUCACACCCCCACACCUCCUCCCUGUACCGCCCAUCUCACACCUCCACUCCCCCUCCCUGCACCGCCCACCUCACACCCCAUCCUGCACCGCCCACCUCAUACCCCCACAUCCCCUCCCGCACCGCCCACCUCACCCCCCACAACCCCUCCCGCACCGCCCACCUCACACCCCCACUCCCCCUCCCGCACCGCCCACUUCACACCCCCACUCCCCCUCCCGCACCGCCCACCUCAUACCCCACUCCCCCUCCGUCACCGCCCACCUCACAACCCCACUCCCCCUCCCGCACCGCCCACACCGCCCACCUCACACCCCCACUCCCCUUCCAGCACCGCCCACCUCACAUCCCCACUCCCCCUCCCGCACCGCCCACCUCACAUCCCCACUCCCCCUCCUCGCACCGCACCAUUAGCGUUUGUCACUAGUCGUAGCGGACUAUGUAAAAGAUGA